AUGGAAUUCAAGGUAAAUGUUACAUCAAAUUCAUUACCUAUUCUGCUUCAUUUAAAAUUUAUGAUCUAUCUUGUUUCAGGUUUUCCUACCAUCAAACUUUUUCCAAGUAAAUCAAUUGAAGAUGAGGAAAUUAUUGGAAGGUAUUCAAAGACACCUAAAGAUUAUACUGGACAACGAACUGCUAAAGCAAUUGUCGAUUAUGCUAUAGCUGAAAUACCAUCUUAUGUACAUGUUAUUUCUAACGAUUAUAAAAUAAGGAAAGCAUUUACAAUGGAUGAAUUUUUUGCCAAAGAAACUGUUUCAAAAGUAGUUCUUUUCACUAAUAAGAAUCAAACAACGCCUCUAUACAAAGCACUUUCUUGCGAAUUUCAUAAGAGACUUAUAUUUGGUGAAGUUAAAGAAAAAGAAUCUGCUAUUGUUGAAAAAUUUGGAAUUAAAGGAUUUCCAAAGUUAUUCGUUGUUCCAUCUAGUAGUAAUGAAGCCAUAGAAUUUAAGGAAUCUGUUGCUGAACAUUCUAACAAUCUUGAAAUUCUUCGUAAAGUAAAAAAGAAAUUCCAUGAACAAAGUACUAUCGAUAAAAAACUUAGUUUACGAUUUUUCUGGUUUAAUGCUUUAUCAAAGGAAUCUAAAAAAUUGAUAAAAGAUUUUAAAUUAUCGGAUAUGUUUCCAAAUUUAAUGAUUCUUAAUCCAAAUCGAAAGGUUUAUCGUCCUCAUAUUGGCCCAUUUGAUGAAGAAGGGAUUGAAAAGUUUUUAAAUGAUAUUGCUAAAGGACGUGGAAGUAGUUAUGAAUAUAAUUUUGAUGUUAGUGUGGAAGAGAAAAUCGAAAAGAAGGUUGAUGAAAAGAAGGUGGAGAAGGAUGAUGAAAAGGUUGAAAAGAAGGAUGAUGAAAAGGUUAAAAAGAGGGAUGAUGAAAAGAUUGAAAAGAGAGAUGAUGAAAAGGUUGAAAAGAAGGAUGAUGAAAAGGUUGAAAAGAAGGAUGAUGAAAAGGUUGAAAAGAGGGAUGAUGAAAAGGUUGAAAAGAGGGAUGAUGGAAAGACUGAAAAGAAAGUCGAUGAAAAGAUUGAAAAGAAGGAUGAUAAAAUUGAAAAGAAAGAUGAAAAAAGUGAAAAGAAAGAUGAAAAAAUAACUGAUGAAAAACGUCAUGAUGAAUUGUAA